UGUUCUCUGGGGGGAGAAAUUUGAAAAUUCUGCCGCGCCGUUGACUGAGUGGAGUGUGUAAAAUCCCAGUUAAAAUUAAUUUGCAGUUUAUUAGUUUGCAAUAGAUUUCGGCACAGGCAACAUGUCUGCAAAACUUUCAAAUGUAGAUCAGUUUAAGAGAAAUGACGAUGAGUUCAGAAACACGAUGGAAGCUAUUUUUCAGAAGUAUUCCAGUCUUAAUGAUCCUGGAAUAGAAGUCUGUCUGAAAACAAUGACCUGCAGAACUGAAAGAGGUCCUGUGCCAAUUGACAGUGCAGAGGGUGAACGUGAAUUGGAAGCCCUGAAGACUAGACUCAAAGACCAUUCAAUGAGGGAGUUUGUGGACCAGGAUGAUGAUGAUGAUCAGAUGGAUGUGUCAGGGGUCACUGAAGAUGAUCUUAACGACUCUGAUCAAACGAAUAAUCAAAAUCUGUGGCAUGGUGGUGACUCGUUCCAGCUCUCUAUGAAUGUGAUCAGUUCAUCUCAAACCGGUAUUUGUGGGCUGCCCUCUCAGCCUGAGGAAGAGGAUGAAGAACUGGAGAAAACACUGAGCAGUCAUGGCAGUACCUUGCUGGAUGUCUAUCCCAGCAUGCUCAAUCAAAUUGGUGAAGCAUAUCGGCGGCAGCAUGUGACAGACACAGCUAGGGCUGUGCUGCAAAAGUAUCGCCGCAAACACUGGCAAGCUGGCCAGGCACACCCUCACAACACUUCCUUUAAGAAGAGACACAGUGGCACACUGAACAAUACAACGGAGAUCUCAUUCACUAAACAAAGUCCAGUUCAAAGAAACAAUAGCAGCUCUAUCAAAGGCAGCAUCAAACUUCAAGACUUGUUCAAGAACAAAAUGUCUUCGCCACUGAAAAACUCAUCGUAUGAGGCCAGUGCCUGUUUUUACUCACCUAGGAGGGACAGCGUUGAUGAGAGUGUUGAGUCACCACGGACUAACAUGAAAUUAAAUGGGAAGCCAAAACAGAACUCUGUUUGUGUGAUUGACUUCACCACACCUCCUUACUCUGUCUCCCCCCUAAGUGACCAGUCUCCAGACCUAAACCAAACCUAUGACAUUGGACCUUUUGUUUCAUCAAACUCUCAUGUUCCAGGCUCAUUGGUCUCCAACUCUCCACGACCAGCAUUGCGCUCACAAGGCAAAGGACCACAAGGUCUCUCUCUUGAUAACUGGAGAGGAAUGUCAAUCACAUCCCAGCCCUCUUAUCAUCAGCCAGCCUACUCCUCUUUGGACAAAGACUGCUUUAGAGACCGCCUGCACUCUCCAGUCUCCUCCCCGCAGCGUGGUGUCAUUAGUUGUUUUUCUCCUAGUGGGAAGUGUACCUUCAGACCCACAUUGUUGAGAGAUGAAAGACAACAAUCAAGGCCAACAGCAAUACAAAGUCCAAAGCGAAUGUCUCCUGUCUGCUAUCUAGCUCAAUCUGAGGUACACCGAUCUCCUUAUGGUGGGAAACAGGUGCCUUCAUCACCCCAGCGUCCCCUUUACAACAGCUCUAGUCAUCAACAACAUUUUUCCAUGGCUGAGAAGCAGUCACAGAUCAGUCCCAGACCCUAUAAAAGUCAACGUACUCUUUCUGAGCCCCAGUCCACUUGCUUGUCAAAGUGUGACUCCUUCAGAGAACCACAGAUUGAUGCAGAGUUCAGGAAGCUGUAUCACCACUUCAUCUGUCGUGGUACAUCUUCACCAUGCCCUACCUCCCAUUGUCACCUGUGCGAGAGACAGUUGAAGGAGACUUCCCAAAGUCCCAGCUUUUCCUCCGCCAGCAUGUCUGCUCUUGCUCUAACACCCCUGAGGUCCACACACAAGAAACGUCAUCGUCAGUAUGAUGUGGAAGAGUCGCUUAGAUUCAAACGCUUCCGUGAAAGUCGUUCCCCACUUAAGCAUCUCCAACUCUUGCCAUAUCAACUGAAAGACAGAUAUAUGAGCUCUGAUAUGUCAGAACCGAGUGAAGACAAGCAUGCCUGGGAUAGGGCAGUCCUGCUCCAGUGCCCCAGCCCCCGGUUCCUCAGAGGCACUGGAAACCUCAGAAAGAUUAGGGAGGCUAAAUUAGCCAUGCAAAUGAAUCCACAUGCCAUGUCUUGGAGGGAUGUCCCAAGCGGAGUCAAUGCAUUUGAAGCUCAGUCACCAAUUAGAACUUUUAAUCAGGGUAUGGUCCCACUUUCUCCAAGUCUCUCAAGGAGGCGACUUCAGUAUGGUCUUCUGCAGCGAUGAGGUUUCCUGUGGGCACCCCAUAAUCCUGUAUUCUUUAUGGUUAAACGUAAUUCAUAUUGUGAAUACUUCCAAGUUCACCCUAGAUAAGUACAGUG